AUGGGAGACGCCAAGUAUGAUAAUCAUGAAAAUAGACUGAUGUUCAGUUUACAGCAAAUGAUGAACUCUGAACAUUUCGCAGACGUUGUUAUAUGCUGCGCUGACGGAUACAAAUUAAGAGCCCACAAAGUCGUACUAGCUUACUGCAGUUCGUAUUUGCAAACGCUGUUUCUCAGCCAUCCUGGACCUGAGGACAGCGUCACGAUCAUCCUGCAGGACGUCGGGCACGAGGACGUCAGUCGCGUCCUGGAGUUUGUGUACACAGGCGCGGCCGUCGUCCCAGGACACAAGAUGGACGGUUUCGUGACGGCUGCAGGUGCCCUGGGAAUCGGUCCACUGUUAGACCCGCUACGGCACUUGGAAAUGUCCACGGUCCAGCCACAGGCUCCUCGUCAUCCGUGUUCUCCACCCACAGUCGUGUGUGAUCCGACGCCCCUGACGACGACCCCACAGCAGCAGCAGCACCCUUAUUGCAGGGUCCGUCAGCCACCCAGGACCACGGGUAUCCUGACGCCUUCGCCGUGGGCGCAGAAUUCCCGGCCGCCGUGUGCCACUCCCAGGUACUCGGCUCCAAAGACCGUGCAACCUGACCCCAUAGCGAUACCGGUGCAACCGCUAACCGCGACAUCGAUUCAGGUUACGGAAAACCAAAAAGGACCGCUUCUUAUUCCACUACCACCAACGCCGCCGGAAGAGCCAACAAUUGUUUCGAUACCACCGUCACCGUCAACUGACAGUGACAGAGACACGAACCAAAAACUAAAAGUUACCAGCGAUGCUAAUAAUAAUGGGAUCCCGGAGAAAGACCGAAAUUCGAAUCAAACAAAAAGUCAUAUUUGUGAAGAAUGUGGAAAAACUUUUGUAACUAAAGCGUCUCUUAAGAUCCAUCAGAGGACCCACACGGGCGAGAAACCGUUUGUGUGCGAGUCCUGCGGCAAGCAGUUCAGCCAACUGCGCAACUACAAGUAUCACAGGUCCGUGCACGAGGGCACCAGAGAGUUCUCUGGUAGCUGCCCGGAGUGCGGUAAGCUGUUCAACGACCGCGGUUACCUGAGCUCACACAUGAAGAUCCACCGGAACCGGAAGGAGUACGAGUGCGAGUAUUGCACGAAGAGCUUUAACCAGCGGGUGGCGUACAACAUGCACGUGCGCAUACACACGGGCGAGAAGCCGCACAGUUGUCACCACUGCGGCAAGUCGUUCACCAGGAAAAUGUUGCUCAAACAGCACCUGCGCAUACAUACCGGUGAAAAGCCGUUCUCGUGCGCCGUGUGCCACAAGCCGUUCGCCGACAGGUCCAACAUGACGCUGCACAUGCGCCUGCACUCGGGCGUCAAGCCGUACGCGUGCGCGGUGUGCGCCAAGUCGUUCACCAAGAAGCACCACUUGAAGACGCACAUGAACUACCACACGGGCGUCAAGCCGUACUCGUGCGACAAGUGCGGGCUGAGCUUCAGCCAGAGUAGCAACAUGAGGACGCACCUGAAAAAGUGCAGUGCCGUCGCGACACCGCCACCACCGUCCCAGUCGCCACUGGACGCCACAGUGGCGGCACCGGCCGCACAGCACGACUGA